AUGAACCUAGAGCAGAAGUUCGGAAAAUUGAAACCCAAAUACAAGAAGAACAGAAAUGUGGUGCACAAUCUAUCUUCCAGACAGUUAACGGAACAAGAACUGAGAAUGCUGACUCGUAAAGCCAACUUUAAUACGGCAGAUGUCAAACCAGCCGAAUUUAUUGCUGCACUUGAAGCUAUGCUGGUAAGAACCAACACAACCGACGAGGCUAAACACACCGUACACCAGAAAGUCACCUCCUUACUGCCGACGAACAGGUCCACCAAUAAUAUGUCGCCCACAGAAAUCGAAGCAAUGAAGGAAUUAAAAGUGGACAAAGAUAUAAUAGUGCUGCCAGCCGACAAAGGAAGAGCAACCGUCGUGAUGAACCGCGUUGACUACAACGAAAAGGCACAAGCUCUCCUCGACGACCAACAGUCCUACAAAUCCAUGCCUUCCUCGCGAGCCAAAUCGAUGAUUGGUCAACUAACUGGACUCCUGAAGCGACUCAAACGAAACAGUGCUAUAUCGCUAGACGAAUGGCGACAGAUGAAACCAACGGACACGGCCCUGGCCCGGUUUUAUGGAUUACCCAAAAUCCACGAGCCCAAAGAUCCCCUUCGACUGAUCGUUGCCUUGAAAGGCAGCCCCACUUACAAUCUAUCCAAGUGA